AUGGUGUCCACUGAUUGUCUCGAUGCUUGGGACGACUGCUUUAGCUUUUUCAAGGGCAAAAGUCCAUACCAGACCACGAGACAAACCAAACUUUCGCAUUUUACACGAAAUCAGCGCGUCGCGUGGAAGUUGUUAGGGGCCCUUGGCAUUUUUAUUUGUAGUGUUUUUUUUCAGUGCUUGUGCUUGUCAUGGGAAGGUUACUUUAGUGACGGUCGAGAGGUGACACCGCCUUUGCUAUUAUAUGGCUCAUUGUCAGCUUUGUCCUCUGUUAUAGCAAUGUGGAUCGCGGCAGUUCAUUUGUACCAACCAACAUUCAAUGGACCUCGUAUACUACUUCACUACCGACGAUCAUCAGCCUGUUCAUGGGAAAUUUUAGAUUGGGUCUUUUUUGAAGGCUCAACCACUUCAACUGUAGUGUCGUUUGUCGUAUUCUGGGUCGUGACGUUGCCAUACUCAAAAGUUUCGCUACCAGCUUUACAUGCAUUUGGUGUUGUGGCGCAUUUUAUUAUCGUGUCGGUGGAUUUCUACUUUACAGCGCCGCUAUUUAAAACGAAUCACGUGCUAUUAGUUCUCAUGUGGCCAGUCUUUUGGAUUUUUGUUCAGUAUUUGUGGGUCAUCAGUGGACACCAGCCAACGAAUGAUUUGUUUAAUUUUCAUUCCGCGGCGUCUCCCGUCUCAACGCUCAUGUUUUUUCUGGCUACCGUUGUCAUAUUCUAUACUCUUCUUUGGUACUCGCGUCACUUGCAGCGUAUUUCAGACAAGGCUGCAGAAACAGCGGACAAAGACAGCUUGGACUUAGAGGAGAAAUUAAGCAUUUUACAGCCAAUACGAUCCGAUACUCCCAGUAUAACUCCUUUCGAGUUGGUCGUUGAGAACUCAACAACUACGCACUUGCCGUUUCACGCCAAAUCUCACGGCGCUGAUCUCUAUAAACCCCGACACGGCAAGGCACUGCCGUGGACAAUGGUCAAUGGUAUGGUACGUGAGGUAGAUCGCGCAAUUGGUGCACUAUCCACGCUAGCGCUGGGCGUGGGGUUGCUUGUGUUACGUGAGGUCUAUCGGAAUGUUCGAGACACCCAGGGAAAUUGGGAGCGCUGUGACAUUGAUGGAGGUGGCAAAGAUGUGUACUACCAGAAAAAGUAUGGGAUGCCUAAAUUGCCGCUUUUUCAACACCGAGGAAGCUGCGACUGUGGGUCAUUGAGAUUUAUAGUGCUCGCGCCCAAGCGAGUGGAGGCAUUUGACGAUAGCAAUACGUUUUCAUGUAAACGAGGAAGAUUCCCGUUCCUGAUUAUUUCGACCUCUUGCUUUGAAAUGUUAGAGUCAUCAGACGUAUCACUGUAUGAUAGUCAAGCUACUUCAUGUCAGCAUGUAUUUUGUGCUAAAUGUGGUAUUCAUAUCUUCCAGUUCGACCACACACAACCUGACUGUAUUGCAGUGAAUGUCUACUGCGUGGAAGACGAGAACUUCGAGGAUAUGAAGGUCAUAUUUAUUCCAAAAAGCUCGCGUCCUCUGUUCGGCCGGGCCAACUGCCUUACGUUACCGUCCAAGCAGACUUACCGUCGACCUUUGCAGUCUCAAAGGUUCGAUACUGUUCGUGAAGACAGCGAAGAAUCGAAUAUCGCGUUUCAAAAACAGAUGAUGAUGUGGGCGCGCAUAGCUAACCAUGAAAAAUACCAAGAGCCCCCUUCAGACGAUACGCAGUCUACAACGAGCUCAACGAGUCAAAACGGACGCUUUUCGUUUCCAUCGUCAGAGGACUCGACCACAGUGACAAAAGACCAGCUCGAGUUUUAUCUUAAGCGCCACUUAGAUGAAUCCUCGGAUCGAGAAAUUCGCGUGUAA